UUUCAUGUCAACAAAUGGGCGUGUAACCGAAAAGAAAUCAUCAACGCAGAAUUUUAUCGUUGAUUUUAUCACUGCGGCGAAUUGUUUCUUGUAGAAUAAUUCUAGAUUUCAAAUUUGUGAACGAGACUUUAGAAAGAUAUUGAUUUAUCAUCUUCAAGCAUUGCAGCUAUAACUGAUAUAAUAGCUUGAUUUGAUCCGCACUGAAAUAUUUGAAAAUGAAAAUGAUCGCUAAACGUUUCUUCACUUUCGCCGACUCCACAUUAUUUUAACCUUUCUAAAGUGAAGUGUCAUACCUUUGAGGGAGCGUCGACGGUCGUCGCUGAAGAUGGCAGUCACUCCGCAGAGCGACUACAUCAAGUCUCCGUUUGAGCACGUCUUCAACUACCUGAUCCCCCAAGGCCAUGAAAAGGCCCUUCGACACGCCCUUUACAAUGCCCUGGCACUGUUCCUUUUGAUGGUGUGCACCUGUGUUGGUUACGCUGUCUGCUGCAUAAUGGAACCUUUCAUGAAACCACUGCUCUGGGCCCUUUUGUGUGGUUCCGUCCUCCACCCUUUUAAGCACUCUCUUGUGAUUUAUCUGAAGUCGUGGUUCUUGAGUAAUCGGGACAACUCGACUCCGUUCCUUGUGGGUUUGGCCGUCACUCCUGUCCGGAUGAUCAACUCCUUCUCGAACCUUUUGGGCAACAUGCUAUACAAGCACCUGAUAGCCAUCCUGGCCAUCUUUGGGACAACCGUCACCACAACCCUGGCAUAUCACUACAUGCCCCGUUUCAUCAUUAUCAUUGCCAGGGUGUGCGGGUCAUUCACCCUUGCAAUCAUCAACUGGUCCGUCUCCCAUCUCAGCAUCUGGCUGAUAAUUUGUGCUGUGGGUGGCUACGCAGUCCUCCUGUUAAAGAGCAAGAGUGAAAUGGCUCAGCGCAGACUAUCCGUGGUGUCUUGCUUUCUGUGGCUGGCUGUUGUCUGCUGGGCAUUCACUUCUCUGCUGAACUCAAACAUCGAGAGUAAAAUUUGGAAUGUCACGAUAUUUAGCUUUGCAUCCCUAUUGCUCAUUGUUGGUCUUGGCGUGGAGGUUUGGGAAACGCACGUUGAAAGAAGUCUGAAGGGAAGUGAAGCCUCCUACCUGGAUACGAUCAAACUAGUACUUCUACAGGAGCCCAUACCUGAACUAGUAUCUUGCAGAGAGGCUGAGAAAAAGGAGGAAAAUGAAGACGUGGAAUCUGAUGAAGCGGCAAAUGAAGAGGUACGACGACCUGAAAUUACUGUCGGAGAUGUAAAGAGUCCAAUUCCUACAGCUUCUGAAUCUUUUGCAACACCUGACACAACAGACAGUCGGCCCCACGGCAAAAGACUUGCUUUCAGGAACAUAAGACCCAUGUCCCUUAUGUCCAGCAGGAGUGGACACAUAACAUAUUUCACAAGCACCCCCUUCCGUCCAAAGCCUCGAAUUCCCGAAAGUUUUUUGGUUGCCUCAAUUUCUCCUCCAGAGGGUUUGACCGGCAACCACUGUCUAAUGGCUGUUGGCUGGGCUUGCCUGGCCAUGUUCAUUUAUAAAAAUACUUGGCUCUUGGGAGUUGUUCCUUUACCUCUUGUCUUUUUCUUCACCAGCAAAGGCUUGACUUACUUUGGAGUAAAGCAAUUUGUCAAAGCUAAAGCUAUAGAGGUUUGGAAAAUUAUUGUAGAGUGGUGCAAGGAAAGAGAAACUUCUCUCUGCCCUCCGCCGAUUAAGGGAGUUAUUAAAAUUGUAGGACGAGCUCAUGAUUAUGGUUCUUCUUUUGUUGAAAAUUCAAUUGACAUGGCUGCCAGUGUAGUUGUUAUAGUUGGACUGAUAAUUCUCUCCCUGAUGGUUACUGUUUUCAUUUUGAUUCAAAUCUAUGGCGAGGGAGUGCACAUAGUGCAAACAGCAGCGCAAUUUACAAAUUCAACUAUAGUAAAUAAUCCCGAGUUGCUCCAGAUGCUGCCUGAAGGAAUAAGUGACGCAAUCAAACAAGUUCUCGAUAACGCCUAUCAGUAUGGAAGAGAGGGAAUAUCAAAUUUGGUGAGAUACAUGAUUGGUCCGCAAGUGGAAACGGCAAGAGCAGCCCAACUGGAGCAACAAGUUUUGGAGCUUUGGGACCGACUUUACCAAGUCUGGGUUAUGAGUUCUGCUGUUAAUGAUGACAAAACUCAGGGCCCAGUUGUCACUAGUGAUGCUGUCUUAUCCAGCUGGGAUUCAUUGGUCAGCAGGCUUACAACUACGCCUGAGCUCCUUGAUUUUGGAGCCAUGACUGAGUGGCUGAAGGCCAAUAUGGGAACGUUGACGCAUGUAAUGGCAUCUGUAUGGACUUUGCUAAAAGACAAUUUAAGUCUCUUCUUUGGUUCUCUGACAACUAUUCUCUCGAUCGUCCUCGGAGGCGGCACUGCAGUGCUUAACUUUGUGCUCAGCAUGGUGGUCUUCUUAACUGCAUUAUUCUAUCUGCUGAACUCGAGUGGGGCUUUGUACAAGCCGGUCGAGCUGAUUACCAACUUCAGUUCGACAAACGGGAAGAGAUUUGGCGAGGCCUUUGAAGCUGCCGUAAACGGCGUUUUCAAAGCCUCUUUCAAAAUGGCUGUGUUUUACGGUUCCUGGACAUGGUUAAUCCACAACUUGUUCCACGUCAAAAUAGUUUACCUCCCGUCUGUUCUGGCGGCUGUGCUAGGCGCCGUACCUUUCUUGGGAACAUACUGGGCCAGUUUGCCAGCAACCUUGGAGCUUUGGCUGGCUCAGGAUAGAGGUUUUGAAGCUAUCCUUCUUCUUGUUUGCCAUUUACUGCCAGCCUCUAUUGUUGAUACAACCAUAUAUUCGGAAAUACGAGGUGGGGGUCAUCCGUACUUAACUGGUUUGGCAGUCGCUGGAGGAAUUUUGUGCCUGGGCGUCGAAGGAGCCAUAAUAGGACCGCUUCUGUUGUGCAGCCUUUUCGUGGCCGUCAACAUGUCCGGAACGCUGAUUAAGGAAAAGUCGGAACCAACAGUGGAUGAGCGUACCAUUCAGGCUCUCUCCCAUAGAUCAAUUCGUAGAUAACAGAGUAUGAUUUACUAAAUUAUUCUCCCGUAAAAUGAUCAAGAUGUGAUCAAAUCAAGAUUAAAAAAUUCAAUUAAACAAUCAUUUGCGGAGAUUAAAAUUUCCAAGUCCAGCUUUUGAAGCAUUAUUAAUUGAUGGGUUAAAAUUUAAAAUCUGGCAGCUUAUGUAUGCAUUUGAUAUAUUUAACUAAGUCUCUUUAUUUUUGCUAUUGGUUUUAUUGAACUAACUAAGUAAGCCUUUUUAUGGUUACCAUUAUUUUAUAAUAUAAUACGGAAUUUAAUAAUGCUAAACAAGCAAAUCACUGUUAAUUUGAAGAUCUGUAAACCUGAUAAUUACUUUCAAGACUUGUUAAAUAGUUGAUAAUAAGCUUUUAAAACUUACAUUAUUAUUGUAACUUAUUUUACUUUUUUUAAAUAUCUGCUUUCUGCUUGUUGCCCUUGUACGACUGAGAAACUAACACCUUGCUACAAUACCGACUGUAUUUAAUUGCCAGAUACUAAAAUGUAAAAGUAGAAAAGGAAAUUGAUUAAAGCUACACCUUUGCUUUAGAAAAAUUGCUCUUUUAUUUAUUUAAAGUUAGCUUGUAUAUUAAAAUUGGAAAUUGAGCCUCAUAAGCAAAAUAUUUGUUCACCGCUGGUUUCUCUAUUGAUAUUGAGACUUGAUUACCUAGCACAUUAAAAAGUCCUUCCAAAGUUGACUCAUUUCUCAAAGUACACACUAGUAUGGCUUCGGAACCUUCCUUUUUUGACAGCAGCAAAAGCAACGUCUUGCUCAAGUGCUUUAACACACUAGGGUCAUAUACAACAUCUACGAAAACAAUAAUUUCAAAUCAUAAAAUCUCUCUCAUGUAAGAAAAAUACCUGCAGCUAAAAUUAAAUCUGGUGUUUCGAUUUCAGCGUAGCUUGGAUUUUCCCAGAGGAAAUUGACAACCGAUAAAUUUGUGGUCCCAAAUUUUGCUCUUAGCAACUCCGAGUGGUAAAGACCAUCUUCUUUGGUUUCUCCACAAUUUAGUUUUAUAUUUUCCACAAGCUGCUGUAGAACUUUGCCAUGUCCGUCAGUCAGGGUGACACUUUGAGCUUUGCAUUCGGCGGCAAUUACAAGUCCCGUAAAUCCACUGCCAGACCCAAGUUCCAGGACGUUUUUUCCGUAGAGUCUUUGCUUAUUUUCCAAGGCCCAUUCCGCUAAGGAAAAUCCAGCCUAAAUAAUUCAAAUGAAUCAAAAAUACAUUUAAAUCUAAUUUUGUUUUAGCCCUACUUGCCACAGACUGAGCCCGGUCGUCCCUCCGCUAAGAAAAUUUUCAUCACAUUUAAUUAUUAUUUUUUUGAUUUCCUUUAUUUCCUCAUUACAAAUUUUGAAGUGAUGGUACUGAGCUGAAAUUAAUGAUAUAAUUUAAAAAUAAUUUUUAAUUUUACAGUUUCCACCUCUUUUUUCUUUGCUCUUUUCUUUCUCCAGUAAAGCGCAGUACAACUCAAAAAAUCUCUCCGUCAUUUCACAGUGUGAAUUUUCCAGCUAUGUAUAAAAAAAUCAG